AUUUCUGCAAGAAAAUAAACACGAAUCGAAAGUUGAAAUUCCAUUCAUAAGGUCAUGUCCUCAUCGGAAUCUGAUUCAGCAAAUGAAUACCAUUUGAGAAGCUCGCAAGACUUGUUCUUGGAUAGUCCCAUUUCUGUGAAACGCCUAAGGCAAAGACUUAACACACCUGAGCCCGAGGAAGCAUGUGAUGUUAUUGUAAUAAGUUCUGACUCGGACACUGAGACACAGCCCCCUGAAACCGACAAUUUUGAACGUUCAUCCUGUUCCAGCAAACAUAAAUCAGCAUCUUCUGAUUUGAGUCUGGACUUUGGAGAGUCUGAAACUGAUCAACCAGUUCCGAAGCGCCCACAUAGAGUACGGGAACCCAGGAAGCCUCUCAAACAGCCGCCAAGCAGGCCUGUGUUACUGAGACUCUCAAUUUCUACUCCAUCCUCCAGCAGGACCUUCUGAGGCACACAGAAUCACCAUUGGACACCCCAUCCACAUCAAAGCAGUAAAGGAGAAAACUGACCAUCGGGAGUGUCGCCACAGGGCUGAAUUGUGAUUAUUUUUCACUAUAUUUAAGUGCAUAUAGACUAAUUUUUAGAAGAUUUGUGUUGUGUUUGGUUAAUAUCAUGUUAUAUUCUUGUUAUAUAUUGUGAAAAAUGCAAGAAAGUAUAGCUGUGUUUGUUUGCUAGAUAAAAAAAGACCUGGAACCGUUUUUUGGAGUCAUUUUUUACAUAUGCCAUAUGAUAUGGCUACCCCCCCAUUACAAAAAAUAUCAUAAAAAAAUUAUUUAUCAAUAUUUUUUCAAGAAAUAAAAAGUUUUGUACUUUAAAAACAUUGUUCUAACAAAUAAAUCUUGUUUUUUGUUCAAAACUUAACAUUUGAAAAAUGAGUGGUUCAUGCUGAAAGUUUGUGUUUGUCCCCAGUUUCAUACCGUUUCCUUCUCAAAUAUGUUUACAGUACAGUAUGUAAUAAAGAAGUGUUUAUAUAAAAUCAAGCCCGAGAAAAAUGGCAGAUUUAGGUUACAUCAGUAGUUUUCUAACUGAAACGUUUUUUUUGUGUAAUAAGAAAAGAUAAGAUAAAUUUUAUUCCAAUCAUGGGUCAUGUUAUAUGAAAUAUAAAUCACAGAUUACAUAAUGUAGAAAAUAAAUUGAUACAGUAAGGCAACGUAUUUAGUGAAUGCAAAUAAGGCUUAAUUUUGAUUUUUUUAAACACAAAAAACAUAAGCUUAUUUGGAAAAUUAAUAAGCAUGUUUCCCAUUUCCUUUUUAUGCCUUAAAGUAAUGUAAAUGUACUAUUUAAAUCCAGAGUUGAUGUUUAUAUGUUUAUAUGUGAUUAUAACUUACAAAUGGGAAUCAGGUUUAUAAUCAUCCACAAAUUAGUAUUUAUAAGGCCUAAAAAAAAAAAUUGUUUGGUUAGGGUUACAUCCUUAAAAAAAAUAGGUAGGGUAGGUAGGCUUUUUAUUUUUUUUUAUUUUUUUUUUUUAUUAGGUUUUAUAUAAGAAUAUAAUUUUCAUCAUUAAAGAAUGGUGUUAAAGCUAUCUUCUGUACAAGCAUUUACGGUUUAAACUUAAUAUUAAAAAGCAAUUAAAAAAAAACGAAUUUUUAUUUUUUUAUUUUUUUAGUUUUUCAUUUUUUUUUUCAAACUGACUAUAAAGACGGUAGGGUCGGCGCCUAUUCCGUAGGUAGGGUCGGGUAACCCGAACCAAAUGUAUUUUUAUUUUAGGCCUAAAGCAUUUAACAGGAGACAACAGCAAAAAGAAGGAAUUCACUCAUAAAUUGACAAUCAUUAUUAUAUAUAAUAUAAUAUUAAUAUAAUAAUUGGUUUGAUCAAUAUCACAUUAUUAAAUAGCAGUGUAAUAAAUAAAAACUGUAAUUGCAAUUAAUGUACAACUUGUUUCAGUUUGUAACAAAACUGUUUAUUUAUUUUAGUUUGUUUAUUUGCUGUGUUUUAUUCAGUUAAUGUGUUUGCCUGUAGUAAAAAAGCCUUUUGGGCAGUUCUACAUGCCUUACAAUAAAAAUAAAAACUUGGGUCAGGAUUUCGUGACUUUUCAGUUAGUGCAUU